AAAAAGGUCUCAGCAGAAGCCGAUUGAUCCGUCUGUCGGACGACGAUGACGGUCGGGUGAGUGGAGCAGAGAAAAAAAAAGUGAAUAUAGCAUUCACCGGCGGAUACCAGCGCCAAACAGCUAAGAGUCUCGCGAUUCGGUUCGAGCUCAGUCAGUUCAACGGGAUCAGUUCAGUCUAGCAGCAGACGUUCCGCGAGUCGCGCAUGCGUUUUCCAAUCUCCCGAAGAAGAUAUAUCUAUCUAGUGGUGUGAAGAAAAACGGCGAACGAAGUGUCGAAGCGAAGCAACAGUGUCUAGACUUUGGCGAUUUUUUUUUCGAAGCUGGGGUAAAAUUUGUGAAUUCGUGACGAAUACAAUCGGGACAUGCUCCGUGUGGUGUGGAAAAGUGUCACUGCUUCACGGUUCCGCUAUAUACCACAAACACUUUGAGCCAGUGAAGUGACGGCGAUGUCGUCGUUGUUGUCUCCAAUCGAGAGCUGUCACAGAUAAAAAAGAAAAAUACGCGACACACGGUCGCAGGAGAGAGACUUUGCAGCUUUUAUGUAACAUGUUAUCGCGAAAUAGACGAAAUCGCGGCAAAGCGGCGACAGGAGUUUUGUUCCGAGAAGUAGCCUUCUUGGCUGUAGCACACAAGUAGAAUUCGACAACAGCGGCCCAGCUGGGUUUUGCAAGCCCUCGGGUGAUCAACGUCCACGUGCUUCUUGGGUCGAGUGGAAAAAUCGCCGAGAUCGAGAAACUCUCACAAGAGUGUAGUAAUAGGGAAUUUAGAAAAUAAAUAAACGACGACGAAGGUAAAAAAACAAUAACAUUAGCAAGAGACGAAGAACGGGUGAGAGAAGGUGUGCGAGCGGGGAAUACGUGGUGGGCGGACGGAAGAGUCCUGGUUUGGUAUAGUCCUGCGCUGGAAGUGCAGUAGGCGGUGGACGAGUUGACAAAGAGGACGAAGGAGAAAAGCGAGAAAAAGAAGAAGGUGUGAAAACUAACAGUACCUGCUGAGUGAGGCCGUGUGAGCUGAGUAUGUGUAGAGAUUAGAAGAGACGACACAGACGAAGAGUACGGUGCAACCGCAGCGGAGCGCAGGGAGGAAGAAGCGAACUAAUAGUAAGAGCACCAAGAGCGCUCACAGGGAAGCAGCCAGCACUGCGAACGAGUGUGUAGACAUACCAAAAGGAAGCAGUAUCCUAGCCGAGCGGUGCAUUUCAGUUUCGACCGCCGAGCGACGAAGCAGAACAUUCCGCGCGCAACCAGCCAAAUCAAAGUAGAGUAGCCGACAGAAAAAGCAGUCGCGCAGACAAUCAGUCGAGUGCAAAUAGUCGCGUGUGCCCGUAUUAGAGCAGGUCAUGAUUGACUCUGGUGUGAGGAUUACUCAUUUAUAUUUAUUAACUGCAUCAUAGUAGGCCCAGCAUCGCAAACGUCAUCAGCUGUAAGCGUAACUAACGUGGCCACCGAAUUGUUCAUUUGUGCCGCACAUGCGGGUAUUGAGUUGUGUGUUUUUUUCGCGGUGCAGUCGUGUCGCAUUCGCCGCCGGAUCGCACACCGUAAAUUGCAGUGAAGUGCGUUCCGCGCCACCCGCAGCCUCCUGAGGUUACACCGACAGAGCGUGAAUCGCGUAUAAAUUUAAAUUUUUCCCACGACUACUUGGUUUUAAUUUGAACGACUUGUGGCCCUAGGUCUCUGUGGGCGACGAUCUGAAAAGGAAGCACAAAUCGCGGCAGACGAAAAAUAAGAAGGAAGAAAAGAAGUGCAUUUGGCCUGCUUGAUAUAAAUAUCUAUAUGGUGGAGAAAAAGAAGAAAAUGGAAGAACCAAAGUGUCUGCCAAGUGCCUAAUUAGUGUAGCAUUCGAUGAUGAUAGAUAGUGAUUGAAGAAUUGCAUCAGCAGCGCAAGUGAAAAAACCUUUUUAGUACGAGAAUACAGAAGUUGCUUAGCUUAGUGUUUCCUAUACAUAUAUUUUUUUAUAUAUAAUACAAAAGUGCGUGUACGUGUGGCGUUAAACGAGCGCCGAAAAUGGUUAACCCAAUGAAGAAUCUAGUGCUUUCGACGAUGUUCCUGACAGUGGUGGCGGCCUUGGCGGCGUCCUUGUUGGUCGCCCCAGCGCAAGCCCGCCGAAACACGCCACUCCUCGUGGAAGACGAAGGAGCCCGCCGGAAUCGACCAGCUGAAUGUUUAUUUGGCAAAACCUUACGUGAACUCGGAUCGACAUGGUUCGCCGACCUGGGCCCUCCAUUCGGCAUCAUGUACUGCCUCAAAUGUGAAUGUGUACCGGUGCAGAAAAAGCGACGAAUCGUGGCACGUGUCCAGUGCCGGAACAUCAAAAACGAGUGCCCGAAGCCGACCUGCGAUGAACCGAUCCUGCUGCCCGGAAGAUGCUGCAAAACCUGUCCCGGGGACGCACACAGUCCUGACAUCGUCCAUGAUCUUCCGCAUACAGUGAUGCCCGAAGAAGAGGAACGCAGCAAACAUUUCGCUGCUCUCCUGACAGGUCGCACCUCGUCUAUCCUGAAACGCGAAGAAAUGAAGUCCAUGUAUUCGACGAUCAACCCGCUGAACUUCGUUGCCACCGGCCGAUUCGCGUUCCACAAGAAGAACCUCUACUACAGCUUCUACAUCUCGGAGAAAGCACCUCGCCCUCGGUCGAUCCAGUUCGUCGACAACCAGGGAAACAUCCUCGAGGAGCACCAGCUGGUGAUACCAGCCGAGGGGCCUUUCAGCGUCUACCAAAACGCAACCGGUAAGAUCUGUGGCGUGUGGCGUCGCGUUCCUCGCGACUACAGGCGUCUUCUCCGGGAUGACAUGAUGAACGUCGUACUCAUGUGGGGUGACAAACAUCAGGCUGAACUUGCGAUCGCUGGUCCGAUCGGAAAGUAUCCAGCCUUGCCCCAAGAACUCUUCAGUUCCCUACUAGAACCAGCACCGGGUACCAACCCGGAACAAAUGAAUGGAGCUGGCGGUACCGCGAUUGUAUCCACCAAGAGCGGUGUCACCUCGUCCAUCUACCUAACCAUCGUACUAAAUGGCGUAUUCUCUUCCGACGAUAUCGCCGAUGUUCCCCUGAACAUUCGACUGGAGAUGCAGAACAAGGAUCAGGUUGUCCUCGAGGACACACAACGCGUACGGAAGCCGGCGCACGACAUCAACGUGAUCGAGGUAUCCUCCCCUCUCUCUGUAAACGAUCUGCGCCUGCUAACUCGCGGAAAACUCACGGUUGUAGUCGAAUCCAAGCGCAAACCUGAAGCCUUACGUAUCCAGGGGGUGAUCCAAACUCGCGUUGCAUGCGAAGUAUUCCAAACCUUGCUGGCAUCCCACAAUCCAGAUUCACGAACCGACACGAGCGGCCUCGCUUGGAUGUACCUCAACAAAGAGGGUUCACUGGUCUACAACGUGCAAACGCACAAUCUUCACAUGAACCACCACCCAGAGGUCACGCUGAUCGAUGACAGUGCCAAGCGAAAGACUGAACUCGAGACGUUGAACAUCGACUCCAGCUACAUUAGCAACACUGUUGACCGCAUGGGUCCUCGUGUUCUGGAACCACUGUACUCCGGUGAUCUGGCCAUUAACGUCGCCAACGACCUCAACCGCAAUCUGAUCCAUGGAAAGUUUGUUACCCGACCGGUUGCAGACGCCCGUGACUCCAACGCUCCUGUUCUGCUAAAGCGCAUGAGUAAUUCGGCCAUACCUUUGCACUCCGUUGGUAUGGUUUGGAUGGCGGUCGACAACGAAUGUAACCUCCACUACGAAGUGACACUGACCGGCGUCCCCAGUUCGUACCACCCGGUGCAGCUCUACCUCGACGAACUCCCCAUCGAGGCGCCCAACGCCCCGAUCAGCCAGACUUCUCUGGAAGAGUUCACCGGAAACUACCUCGAAGGGUUCGUACUGGCGCUACCGGCGACCGAGCUGGCCAAGCUGGAAACCAGUGUCAUCUAUUUGGAAAUCUUCUCGAAAUCGAAAAACGAAACCAUCCUGAAGGCGAGAGCAAAAUCGAUCAAGGUACCGAACCACUGCACCGGCCAUCAGUAUCACGACAACGACGUGCAGAACAACUCUUUCGCCCCGAUGGUUAACAACGACAACACCGUCCCGACGGUGGAAACGAAAUGCUACCACUCGUCCCGCUUCUACGACGAAGGGGACAUGUGGCACAGCGCCGUCGAGAGCUGCAGCAUGUGCUCGUGCGUACACAAGCGCGUCAAGUGCGAACCGAUCCGCUGCCCGCCGCUCAAAUGUCGCAAGGAGGACGUCGUCCAGAAGCGCGGCGAUUGCUGCCCGACCUGCGCAGGAUCCAAGUACUCGGAUGACACUCGCCUGGAAACGAUACCCCGUGGUUGCAAACUGGGCGAUCAGUUUCACGAUGCCGGAUCCACUUGGCAUCCGUACCUGCCGCCGAAUGGAUACGAUACAUGCACCGUUUGCACCUGCGAUAUGGCAACGCUGGAGAUCAGCUGCCCGCGAACGCAGUGCCCUCCGCUGAACUGCAGCGACAAGGUGGCCUAUCGACCGGACAAGAAGGCCUGCUGCAGGGUGUGCCCCCAGAUCAUAGAGCGCGUCAAGCCGAUUCGCGUCGGCAAUCCCGACGAAAUGGGUGACCAGGGCAGCAGCAACGGAACGCUUAGAUCUCCGCAGACCAUCCUGGAGAAUGGCGGUUGCAAGUACAUGGCGAGUAUUUACGAGAACGGACAGGACUUCCAUCCGAUACUGGCGACGCAUGGCGAGCAGAAGUGCAUCAAGUGCACAUGCAAGGACAGCAACAUCAAGUGCGAACGGAAACGGUGCGCCCGGUCGGUGUGCAACCGACAGCACGCCCGCAAAAACGCCAUCAUCGACGAGUGCUGUCAGUGUUUGAAAACCGGCCGGCAUCAGCACGGACGGAGACGCCCCAACCACCAGCAGCAGCACAGCAAACUGACGCAAACGGCCAUAUCUGUAAAGAGUUGAAUUGAUUAAGUUUCGCUUUUGUAUAGGUGAAUGAAUGCGUACGAGUGCGAGUAUGGUAUGAUAGGGAAAGGACAAUAGUAAUUCGUUUUAUUGUUUUAUUUGAAACGUUUUGUUUACUUCUGACUUCAGUUCAUUUCAUGUUUACGUGGUAUGUGACUAGGGUUUUGACUUAAUUUUCAUCAAGGUGUAUGAAACGGGGUGGCCGUGCACGAGUCAGAUUAGAGUGGUAGUGAGUUAUUUAGUGAUACAAAAGAGAUUUGGUCAACCAAAUAGAAAAGUUAUGAGAGUGUUUGUAUUUAUUAAGAUUAAAAAACUUUCGAACAGUAUCAGUAAACUGGAGCGUACGCCAGAGUGUACCACAUAUCUUGAAUGCGUACAAAAUUAUUUGGAAUAAAAUUUAGGGCAAUCGAAUUUGAAUUGUUGUUUGAAAAAAAGAAACUGAUAAUCCUACUAGAAAUUACAAUGCAGGGUAAAUUGGAGGGAAUAUUCGGGAGGGGAAAAGGGAGAAAGGGGAUUAAGAGAAGGAAAUUUAGAAAUAAUUGGAGAUUUCUUAUUUUAAAGAAAUUGUCCAGUUGGAAAACAUUUUGUAUCAGAGAUCACUAUUUAUAUUUUUCUACAAAUAGGCUUAGAUUUCUAAAUUGUAGGUAUAGUAGUGCGUAAGAAAGCAAACCAAUAUUUAUUUAAAGGAAAGUUACUGGUCAGCAAAUACAGCAGUAAAUCAUUAUAGGUCAUUCGCAUUUAAACAAAUGGAAACACUACGAAUUAAGAGCAUAGAGGAGAUGAAUAACGUCGCUUUGAAAGUUGUAAAUGCUUGUUAAAACUAUCACCCGCAGACGGUUGAAUUUGAGAUUAUUUAAAACAUUGAUAUGUUUACAACAUAAGAACCAGAAUUCAGAGCUGUCAGUGACAUCCAGCUUGAAUUCUCCAUUGAUAGAGAUUGAUGACAAUAUACUGUAUACCCAAAUGGAAGGUAAUUUGUGGUAAAUGUGUAACAAGGAAGGUGUCAGCAAUCUCUAUGGCUAAUGUAAUUCAUUUUUGAAGAACAGGAAACCAAUUCAAUCGAUUUCCAAAGGUCUCCCUCGUUUGAAAUAACAUUGUUUCUAGAAAGACAUUCUAGUCACGUGCCCUAGAGAUACAUCCUGCAAUUAAGAGAAGAUAUAAUGUAAUGUCAAACACAUGGGAAGAGAAUGGGAGAGACAUCAACUAUACAAUUAGAAACUUAAUCAAUUCAGAGGAAAUUUAAAACAGAGAAAAAAUUGCGCGAUCGCUUCUAAUAUUAUUAUUCACACAUACUUCUGCUAAGCAAAACAGACAAAACUUAGGUCGACAAGAAAAAGCAAACAAUUCUUGAACUGUUUUUUUCCUGUUACCACGUACCAAAGAAGACUGAUAUAUUAAAUCUUGAAAGUAAAAGAGAAAAAAAAGAAGAAAUAAAUUUGCUGAUGUAAAAAAACACAGAAAACUGAACCAUCCUUUGACGCUGAGAAACAAAAAAAACUGUCGAAGCACCAAACCCAUUCAUACACACUCACAAACAUUUCGUCAUUUUUUCGGUUUUAGAAACCCCCACCCAUACCCAAUAUAUUUCCAAAACAAACUUCGGGAACAUCAUCAAACAGUAUUUUUCACGCUGCUUCAAACGAAUUUUACCCAAACUGAACGCAGCUUUGUUCGAGUUCGAGCACCAUUAACAUUUCUCAUUUUAAACAAACAAGAAAAACAAAAACACACGCUUCGAUUUGGUCACGCCUCCACACCUGUAACUAUACCGCUGAAAACAAAGAAAAGUGGACACGUACGUGAGCAGAUAAAUGCCAAGCAUAAAAUACGCUUCCGUUCGGGACGAAGAUAGCACACGCGAAGGAAAAGCACAAUCAGCGAUCAUAGAACCAAGCAUGCCAUAAUAUUUUUUUAAUGUUGAUAAAUGCAUAAAUUAUUGUAAAACAAACACACGCUAACUUUAAGUAGGUACACCGAUACACAUUACAACUGUAUAAAGAAAGAAGGAACAUGUUGGAAGAAUGCGCGCCUUUUUCUUGGAUCUCCGGAAAUCCGAGUUCAAGUUCUAUUUUGUAUACAGCUAGGUUUGAAAUGAAUUUUAAAUAAGCAAUGUAUUACUCUUCUAAUAUAUUGAAACAAAGCCACAGCGCCGGUAAGCCGCGAUAAACAAAAACACAAAGAUCAUCGUAUAGAGCAGCACAGCAUCAAGACCGCAGAUAACUCCGCAACACCGCAACAAAGAAUCGAUUUUAUGUAUAAUACCCAGAGCAAAAGCAAAUCAAAGUUUCAGAAGAACGAAAACCAGAAAGGCAUCAAAUAUAAAGCAUACUGAUAUACAGCAACGUA